CAAUGCAGCGAGUGGCUGCACUUCCCCUGGUCAGCAGCACCUGCAACGCCGUGUCUGGCGCCUACAGUGCCGCCAAGGACCGGUACCCGCUGCUGGGCUGCGCCUGCCGCCUGGCUGAGCACUGUGCGGGGAGUCUCUCCUCGAGGGCCCUGGACCACGCACAGCCACUCCUCGAUCACCUGCAGCCACAGCUGGCCACCAUGAAUGAUCUGGCAUGCAGGGGCUUGGACAAGCUGGAGGAAAAGCUGCCAUUUCUACAAAAGCCCUCAGAGAUGGUUGUGACAUCGGCCAAGGAUGCUGUAACCAGUGGAGUGACGGGCAUGGUGGGCCUUGCCCAGAGGAGCCGACGCUGGAGCGUAGAGCUGAAACGCUCCAUGAGCCACGCCAUGGACGUAGUGUUGGGGAAGUCCGAGGAGCUGGUGGACUAUUUCCUGCCCAUGACCGAAGAGGAGCUCGAGGCGCUGGCAGCUGAGGCAGAGAGUCCCGAGGUGGAUUCCCUGGAAGAGCAGAGGAAGCGCCGGGGCUAUUUUGUCCGCCUGGGUUCCCUAUCGGCGCGGCUCCGCCACCUGGCCUAUGAGCACUCGCUGGGGAAACUGAGGCAGCGGAAACAUCACACCCAGGACACGCUGGUCCAACUGCAGGAGGCCCUGGAGUUGAUCAACCUCAUGCAGUGUGGAUUGGAGUCCAGUGCUCCUGCCCGGCCUGGGAGGAUCCUGGAGCUGUGGGAGCACUGGAGCCAGAGUCUCCCUGAGAAUGGGCACAGCCGAAUGCAGGCCGAGCUGGAGACGCUGGCGCUGUCGCGGAGGCUGAUGGCGGAGCUGCAGGGCGCGGCGGCCGGGCUGGAGCGCAGCGUGCGGGGGCUGCCGGCGGGCGCGCAGGAGCGGGCGGCCGAGGUGCGGCGCUGCGCGGGCGCCCUGGACGCCGCCUUCGGGCCGGCGCGCUGCCUGCGGGACGUGCCGGCCGGGGCGGUGGCGGAGGGCCGGGGCCGCGUGGCGCGCGCGCUGGCCGGCAUGGACGAGCUGCUGGAGCUGGUGCUGCGCGCCGCGCCCCUGCCCUGGCUCGUCGGCCCCUUCGCGCCCGGCCUGGUCGAGCGGCCCGGCACCCCGCCGGGCCUGGCCGCCCGGGUGGACGAGGUGGUCGGGCACCCCGACCCGCGCUGGGCGCACCUCGACUGGCCGGCGCGGCAGCGCGCCUGGGAGGCCGGAAGGCGCGGGGAGCCCCCCGACGACGAGCAGCGGCCCCCCAGCCCGCCCCGGCCCCGGCACACACUGAUGCCCGAGCUGGACUUCUGAGCCCCGGGGGCG